AUGACUAAAUCUUACAAUGUAGGAAAAUAUUUUCAAUCAGAAAUCCAACAACAACCAACACUUAUUGACAUAUAUCCUGACUAUGAUCAGAAAUCUAACAAAAUUCCAAUAAAUUUAACACAAAAAUCUCAAAAUGCUCAACAAAGCCAAGAAAAUCAAACAAAAACAGACAAAAUUAGAAUAACUGAUACAAAUACUUCAUCUUCGACGUUAUCUGCAGUAAAAGAAGAGAAAAAUAAUAAUAAAAUCAAAGAAAAAGAAGUUCAGAAAGAAUCAAUAACCAAAAAUCCCACAAAUCCUACAAAAGAGGUCAAACCUACUCCAAAUAAAAAGAGAAAAUCGAUAAUAAAAGUUACAAGUUUAUAUGAUGCCUCAGAAGAUGAUGACAUUGAAAAAGUACCAUCAGGCCAUAAUGAAACCAAAGAAAUACAUAACGUAUCACAUGAAAAUAACAAAAAUGAAGAGAAUAAUACAUCUAAUCCCAAAAAAUCAGAAUCUCAAAAAGAACAAUCUAGCAACAUCUCAAAGAAACAGUCAGCAAAGAGGAAAGCUUUAAUUGCAGAUAAAAUUCAACUAAAUUUACCCAAAAAUCAUUCAGAUCAAAUUCCUUUUUCAAUUGAGUCACCAAAAGUCCAAUCAGAUUCUGUAUCUCUCCCAAUCACUCAUGGAAGUUCAUCUUCUGAUGAAGAAAUCGAAGAAAAACAAACAAAUUUGGAAACAAAUCAAAAUGAAGAAAAAAUAAUAGAAGAAAUACCAGUCAGAUCAUCUGAUUCGGAUAGUGACUCGGGUUACAUGUUUGAUCCUAAGAAAGUUUGUAGAAUGUAUGAGUUUCCUUCAGGGAAAAAUAAAAAAGCAGAAGUCCAAGAAAAUCAGUCUCAAAAAUCACCAUCCUCUGAUAAAAAUAGUCAGGGCCAGCCUCAAAACGCUGAAGAAGAGGAAGAUUUUAAUGAUACUUCUUCAAUGCGCAGUUUAAAGACAGAAUUCCUUCAGAAAUCACAAGGGAAAGAUGAGAGUAACUAUGAUUAUGAGGAAGAAUAUGAUGAUAGUUCAAAUUUAGCUAAUUCUCAAUCUCCGAAAGUUACUUUAAUCAUGCCAGAUUCCCAAAGCAUAAAUAGUAGCGAAUCCACAUAG